CAAUUUGCUAUCGAAUACAUGUUUGUGAAAAUUAAUAUUUUUAUCAAAUAUAACUAACAUAAAGACCAUAACUUCUCAAAUAUUGCAGUAUUAAACUUUAUUUAUUAAAUGAAAUGUAAAAAAUAUGACUGACAGAGCGAUAGCGUCCCGACCCAGUCUUGAACAGGUAGUUGCAAUAGUAGAUUUUAUGGAAAAGCACCCAGCUUUAGCACUUGGCCAAUUAAGAGGCUUGGAAGGACGAGAUGAGAGCAAAAAACUCUGGUUUAAAUUGACAAGAAUUGUAAAUAAUAUCACUGGACCAACAAGGCCUAUGAAGUCAUGGAUUAAAUAUUGGGCAGAUAAAAAAUCAACUGUUAGAUCCAAAGUACAAUCAGGUGGAGGCGAUCCCAAUACUUUAUGUUCUAAUAUAGAAAAGAAAAUAUGGGAUCUGUUUUUAGCAAAUGAUGGGGGAAAUAAAAAUCGUAACUCGGUGAAGCUAGAAUCACACUAUAUGGAAGAGGCAUUUUACAAUGAUGACAAUGUGGACCAGAACCAUGAGAGUGACCCUGUUAUUAACUUUGAGGAGCCAGCUGUUGACCUUGAGGAGAGAACGAUGGUUGUCAUGGAAAAACUGGUGAAAUCAAUGGGUGAGCAAGCAACAGCUAUGUCUCAGCUGGCGGAAGCGUCGCAGGCGCACGCGCAGGCCAUGGAGCGGCUGGCUGAAGCCUCACAGAUACAGGCUCGUGCGAUAGAACGCCUAGCAAACACAUUCGAGACGAUAGGUGCGGCCACACACGACGUACGCAACGCAAUAGUCGACAUAGACUCUACUAUGAAGCGAUUCUAUACAACAUCACCCACCUAGCAUAGGUUUAUGCAGUGAUGUUGUUUUAAGUGAAAAAAAGAGACUAUACUUAUUUGAAGAAACGGAUACGUCAUGAGAAAAGAAAUACCUUUUUUUAUUUAUAAUUGAUGAUACAGUCUAAGAUGGAGCGCGUUUGCCUACAAGAUGCCUAUUCACUCUAGACUUGAAGGUAUCCAUAUUGUAGGUGGUGAGGAAAACGGAUGUCUGGGUAUUCCAGAUCUUAGCGGUGCGUAUCAGAAACGAGGAAGCAAAUCGUUUCGUACGUGUCUUAGAUACGUCAACUACGUACGUACCUUCUUAAUAAGUUGUCUGAUGCACAAAGUUUUUUUUUCAAAUUCUCUGAUUUUUUGGAUCCUGAUAUGACUGUUUAAACAAACAAACCGUUCAACGGUAUAAUAUAAUUAUAGAUAUUACAUUUUAUAAAAUUGUUGUAAAUAAUUUGAUUUAUAACAAAUUAAAUGUGUAAGUUUUAGUUUAAUUUAUUAAAAUAAACAAGAAAAUAUAAUUGUCAAAGGACUGAUUUUCAUGUUUUCAACAUUAUCAUACAUUUUUUGAUUCU